ACAGAGCAGAGGACUUAGAACUAGAAAUUGGAAAUUGGAAUUUUUAAAAAAUAUUUUCUAAAGCCGGCUAGAUGGAAGUCUGGACGUGCUUUUUGUAAUUUAGACACGUUUCUAUUCCAUAACCGCAUAAUAAUACAGUAAAUCGUAAUCUUUAAAGACUAAAAGAUAAGUUCAAUUUAUUACUACAAAAUUAGGAGUCCGUUGACGAAAAUACGCAACCACGUGUUACUGAUUUAAAAUUAAAGAAUUUACUUACUGGAAAAUUACAGUGUCACCAAGAAUACCUCACAAUAUAAAGCACCAAGUGAUUGAACAAAAUCGUCGCUCAAGAUACAGUGAAAUAUUCUUUAAAAAUUAUAACACGUGUUGCCGCAAUGUCGAACGCGGAAGGAGACCUGCGGGAUGGGCUCUCGGCUAAAGAAAUCUUUGCUAACAGUGAAGGACUAACUUACAACGAUUUCCUGCUACUGCCUGGAUUCAUAGAUUUCACGGCGGAGGAAGUGGACUUGACGUCACCUCUCACGAAAAAGAUAAACCUCAAGGCACCGCUCGUGUCAACUCCGAUGGAUACCGUCACCGAAGCCGACAUGGCGAUCGCUAUGGCUCUAUGCGGAGGCAUCGGUAUCAUUCAUCACAACUGCACUGCCGAGUAUCAAGCCAACGAAGUUCACAAAGUGAAAAAGUAUAAACAUGGCUUCAUCAGGGACCCAGUCUGUAUGGGCCCUACUAACACCGUCGCGGACGUCAUCGCAGCAAAAAAGAAAAAUGGUUUCACUGGGUAUCCUAUUACUGAAAAUGGUAAGCUCGGUGGACGCCUUAUUGGCAUUGUUACAUCUCGAGAUAUUGACUUCAGGGAAGGCGAUCCACAGUUGAGUCUCAAAGAGGUUAUGACUCCCAUCAGCGAAAUGAUAACUGCACAGUCUGGGGUCACUUUACAAGAUGCUAAUUACAUUCUCGAAAAAAGUAAGAAGGGUAAGUUGCCAAUCAUCAAUGGAGCAGGUGAACUUGUAGCUUUAAUAGCCAGAACAGACUUGAAGAAAGCUCGCAGCUAUCCCAAUGCAUCAAAAGACUCCAACAAACAGCUACUAGUAGGAGCUGCGAUUGGUACUCGUGAAGGUGAUAAGGAACGUCUUCAACUUCUUGUGAGCAAUGGAGUUGAUGUUAUCGUUCUGGACUCCUCUCAGGGCAAUUCUACCUAUCAGAUAGAAAUGAUUAAAUUUAUUAAAAAAACUUACCCAGACAUUCAAGUCAUCGGAGGAAAUGUUGUAACCAGAAUGCAGGCUAAGAAUCUCAUUGAAGCUGGAGUAGAUGCUCUGAGGGUUGGGAUGGGCAGUGGUUCUAUUUGUAUCACUCAAGAGGUCAUGGCGUGUGGCUGUCCACAGGCCACAGCAGUAUACCAAGUGUCAUCAUAUGCUCGACAGUUCAACAUUCCAGUUAUUGCAGAUGGUGGGAUCCAAUCUGUUGGCCAUAUUGUUAAAUCUCUUGCAUUAGGGGCUUCUACUGUCAUGAUGGGAUCUCUCCUCGCUGGCACCUCUGAAGCUCCCGGGGAAUACUUUUUCUCUGACGGUGUGAGACUCAAGAAAUAUAGAGGAAUGGGGAGCUUGGAAGCGAUGGAAAACAAAGAAGGGAAAGGUUCUGCAAUGAGCCGCUACUUCCAUAAGGAAACUGAUAAACACAGAGUUGCUCAAGGUGUGAGUGGAAGUAUUGUGGACAAGGGCUCGGUGCUCAGGUUCCUGCCGUACCUGCAAGCUGGCAUGCAACACAGCUGCCAAGACAUCGGAGCGCGCUCUUUGCUCAAACUGAGAGAAAUGAGCUACUCGGGAGAUCUCAGAUUCAUGAAGAGGACUUACUCCGCACAGCUAGAAGGAAAUGUGCAUGGUUUAUUUUCAUAUGAAAAACGACUAUUCUAAAUCUGCUAAAACUGGUGUCAAGUAUUAGUAAACCUUUAUGUACCUUUGUGAUACGUAUGUUACAGAUUUAAUGCAUUUUCUACAAAUUUUUGUGAUUACAUGAAAUGUAUACUGUAAAGCCAAUCCAGAAGUAAAUAUUUUGUGUACUUAUUAAGCUAAGCUUAAAUGGAACUGCUAGUUCUGAUAUUAUAAAAUAAAUUCCAUUUUAGUACAUGCGUUUAUUUCUUAAGUCAUAUUGAUGUUAUAUUUUAAGGAAAGGACCAGAUGUAAAAUAUAUUUCGUAAAUAAAGUUUACUGAUUGAAAAAUU